GAGAGCAAGAACCAGACUGGCCUCGGAUUAUGCCCGUUAGCAGAAGAGAGAAUUGCCUCUGUGUCAGAAAACUCAGCUGCUCGGAGUUACUUCCCGGCUGGGCAGCUGCCCCAGAAGCUGGCUUGCCAGGUCUUUGGGGAGAUGAAGAAGCUCCUCCCAGCCACGCCCCGGGAGCUCCCCCUGGGACAGAAACAGCACCCCCUGCUCCCGUUCAUGGAGAUGGAAGCAGCCCCCUUUGCCUGCCAGUGGAAGGCCCGCAGCGUGGGCUUUCCUGCCAGCCCGGAGAAGAAGGGUGGAUGUAGGGAGGCAGGUCAAGAUGAAGCCGAGGAGGCCCGGUCGUCCCAGGGUGGAUGUGCCAAGGCCUCCUGCAGGAGGGAGCCCCAGGUUCUGGUCUUGGAGGACCCCAGGGAGCCGGGCAAGAGUGUUGCAGUGCCGGGCAUUGGCACAGGGUGUAAGGUAGCUGCCAAGGAGGAGCCUCUUCUCCUGAGUAAGCCUGCCUGCCCUGCCAGGAACAGAGACCGCUCUGCCGAUGUCAUUGAUUACAUUGUGAAAGAGCUGCAAGGAAUAAGCCGCAUUCAGACUGAGAUUGCGGAACUUCAACAGCACCUCACCUUGAUCAAGGGGUCGGUGGACGAAGUGUCCAGCUGCGUGGACUCCGUCUUGAGUGAGAUCGAGGGCCUGCAGAGCAGCAGUGGGACCAUCACCAAAACCUCCACCGUGCUGAGAGGCCCAGGGGCCUUGGUGGGGGCCGCCACCAAGGAGCCGGUUUUGUACUUUUACGGUAUUCCUGAGCAGGAGGGGGAGAACACAAAGGAAAUUGUCUGCCGCUUCCUGUCCAAGUAUCAUUGCUUCAACGGCCUCCAGCGCAGCAAGAACAUCAAGGAAGCUUACAGAUCAGGGGUGGCCACGGGGGUCCCAUUCGCGCCUCGCCCCACUGUUGUGAAACUCGCCACGGCCGAGCACCGAGACUUCAUCCUCCAGAAGUCCAUCCUCUUGCAGGAUGCAGGAAUAACCAUUGCUGAGCAGCACAGCGCAGUGUGCCUCGGUGGGCAGCUGGGCGUGUUGCCAUCCUCUGGCUUGAGACCCCAGCCCUGGGACUUCCCCAACUCUCAGGGAGAAGGAGGGAGGAGGGAUGGGGGUGGUCAGCUCCGGAAAGACUCUUGCCAGGCUCAGCGUGAGAAGCAAAGCCAUGAAAACCACCCACUCCGUGUAGGCGAGAGGGCCGGCUUGCCACAAAAGUCCACUUUAGCUAAGAAGAGCAGUUUAAUUUCUGAACUUGAGGAAAAGGUGGGGAGAGUCGUACAGAUCAUCAGCAGCAACGAGCAGACUUUGCACAAAAACCACACUUCCGCCAGCAUCACUGAAGCCCCCCAAAAGCUGCUGGAGGUCUCAAAAAGCCACAUGGGGAAGUCCUGGCCUUUGGGGGAACUCUUAAAUCUCAGGGGCUUGGAGGCCGCUCCGGAAAAAGGAAGGGACCACAACUCAGAGGCUGAGAACAUGGUCAAGGACCCCUCCUCAUCCUUCCCCUCUCCCACGGUUGUGGGCAAAGAAGGAGGGCUGAUUCUAGGGGCAAGGGAGAUCGACUGUGAGGGUCUCAGUCCUGAGCAGGUCAAUCUGGAGGAGGAGCAGAAGGAGGCAUCCCACAAGGCCGUGAUCCUGCCGGGCUGUGAUGCUGCCAUACACAAGUUAACGGGCAGCAACGAAACGCUCAAGGACAUGAUUGAGAUCGACCUGAACGAGCAGGAUCCCACUGAUCACGUCUUCCGGGACGUCUUGGAGAACUCCCAGUUCUUCCUCCAGCAUUCGCAGGGCAACGUCGACCUGGUAGACAUGAGGUUCUACACCAACAAGCUGGGGAAGGCGCUCAGCCACUUCCGGUCCGCCCUGCAGGUGGUCUUCCACAAGCUGGAGACGGCCGACUCGGAGGUCGUCCUUGGAGGUGACCACGGCUUCCCCGUGGCAAGUGAGCCAGUGUCAGAGACGCACAUCAGCCCGGAGACCAUGGCCGAGAGCCCACCCAGCCUGUCUUCGGACAGCCAAGCCAACAUGGUUGUGAGCAGCGACAGUGCAAGCUCCCCACAGAGGCCCCUCCUGAGUGCCUCCCCCUCUUCCAAGGAGGCCCCUGCCCUUCCUGCGGUGGACUCCGGGGGUUGUGUGGAUCAGCCCUUCCCCACUGAGCCUCCCCAGCCGGUGGACCCUCCUGGGCAGAGACCCAUGAGCCUGGAGAAGGUGUGUGCAGAGACCAUUUACUUGAACAAAUGUAUCAACAACUUCAAAAAUGUCCUGAGGGAGAAAAGGCAAAUGCGCCGGAGGUGCUUGAAGGAGCUGGCCCAGGAGCCGAGCUGGACUUCGGCCGAGGAGACGCCUGCAGAUCUCUCAGCCCCUGCCUGACCCUGGAGAGCUUCCCCACACGCUGAAGACUGACUCGGAAGGAAGGGCAGGGCAACCGGGGCUCGUGGGUCUGGUUGUUGUCACAGCACGUUUUCCCGCCUCGUCCCUGUGGAGCACACAGGACUGAUUCCUCCACCGAUUCCUCCCGUGUCUUCUGAGUCAGGCCUGUUUCUGGUGCCUUUGGAGACGUUGGGUUUGAGUUGCUGGCUGAGAACGAUGGCAGGUCUGCCAUCGGACACCCGGAACACAAACUCUUCCCCCUCCCCCAAAGUUGGGAAACUCUGCAUUGGGGUGGGGGAGGGGAGGAGCUAGCCUGUGAAGAGCAGGUCCAUGUGGAGGAAGAGGCAGGCCCAAAGCACCAGAGAUCUCCCCCCCCCGCCACACACACACAAAUAGCUCCCUUGCCCCAGGGUGGUAGAGCUGGAGCCUUCAGAUGUUUGUUGAGAAGUUGUCCCUGGGCAAGUCUGGCCGGGUUUCUCUUCUGCUGCCGCUUUGUGUGAGUGUCAAACUCUCUUCACCUAUCAGCUGCUUUGUCUUUCUUGGAUUAAUCCUGUUGCCUCUUUGCUUGUUGAGGGUCCUUGGUGCUCUCUGAGCUUGGCUGUUUCCUCCUCCCCACAAAGCCCCCUCCCUUCUAGCUCUGAUGAUGUCACCAGAAGGCAACCAAGCUCAAAGGGCGGCCAGGAAGGACCCCACAGAUUAACCCCGAGCUCCAAAUAUUCCCCUUUCUUGCAUCCUGGGGUUGUUUAGCAACCGGCCGCUCCCUUAAAGGUAUAUCCUUCAUUUUGCUAUUAUGGAUGCAGGUUCUUCUCCCUUUCCUCAGCCACAUUUGCUCUCAGACUGCAAAGAGGAGUCUCCUAGUUUGGUGCCCCGACAGGU